AUGGAUAGUGUCCAUAUUCAUGAUGCAUCUUGCUUUAUCACCAAUGGAAGCAAGGAGGAUCACGUGGAUGACGCCCUUGCAUCUCCAAGCAUUUUGUGGCUUAGCCGCGUGAAGCCCCACCUGACCAACUGCAGUGCCUUUCGGGCAGCCACCUCUGCACUUGUUUUACCCUCUACAGAGGGGAACCUGGUUAAUCAGGAAAGAACCUCCCUCAAAAAGUCCGUUCCUGACGUGAGCGCCAGCGUCCCCGAGAAAACCCCAGCCCCGCGCUCCGCGCUCUCAGAACUGCGCUGCCCAUUCGUCGUGCGGCGCUCCCUGUGGACACCGCUGACCACCAUGGCCGUGACCGCCUGCCAGGGCUUGGGGUUCGUGGUCUCGCUGAUCGGGAUUGCGGGCAUCAUUGCCGCCACCUGCAUGGACCAGUGGAGCACCCAGGACUUGUACAACAACCCGGUGACGGCUGUGUUCAACUACCAGGGUCUGUGGCGCUCCUGUGUCCGAGAGAGCUCAGGCUUCACUGAGUGCCGCGGCUACUUCACCCUGCUGGGGCUGCCAGGCCGACAACCACCACCACCAGCGUUGGAACAGGAGUACAGGAAUCUUAGGGAGAGGAACGUCCUGGAGCUGUCGGAGCUCCUGUUCCCCUAA